AUGACCAAUACAAAUUCCGGCAGUCUUGACCUGAAGUUGAUGACAGGACACUUCUCCCAAUCUAUCGACAAUGAGGAUAUUGUCCUUGAAUUUUAUUGUGCCGGGCGGAUUAUGCACUUUGUGAUGAAGGAUGUUUACCAGAAGCUAUCGUCUUUAGAUGAUUUAAGAAAUUCGACUAAGCACCCCAGUGCUUUUUGUGAAAAUUUUAAAACAUUGAAGAAGAUGUGCUCGUUUGAAUCAGACCAAUACGAAGACAAUCGUCCUAAAUCGGGAGUUGAAUGCACGAUGGGCUGUCGAAACCUAUUGAGGCUGCAUCGCGCAUUACUUUUUAUUACCAAUCUGUUCGAAAGAGUUGGCACGGAUCCUCCCGAAAAGUCACUUUCGGAGUUGGCAAAGACGGCCUAUGAUGAAAGUCUUUCUGUGCAUCAUCCUUGGGCCGUACGUCAGGCAGUGAGCGUAGCCUUUCGAUUGCUGCCUAAUCGCAGCCAGUUUGUGGCCUCCAUUGUGGCUACUCAGCCUAAAGAAUGUCAGCUGACUGACGAAGCGUCGUGUCGCGAGUACCUUUUUAAUGUAACCUUGCCCACUCUUCGUAGGGUUUACAAGCUAACGGAGGAUAUAUUGGCUAAUGCCAAAAUGCUGGAGUUGCCCUAA